GUAUUCAUUGUCAGUACGAACUGCGCAUGCGCGUGAUCCGCCUUCCUGGUCGAUCUCCAAGCAGCCCGGCGGAGUUGACCAGAGACGCGAAAACAUUUUGUAUUUUAGGCAAACCAUCUAUCAAUAGACAUGUUUUUGGACUUGGACGCCAGUGGGUUCGCCAAGCCGAACGUUGGAGUCGUGAUAGCAGUUAUUUCUAGUUUAAUAAACGGCUCGACGUUUGUGCUGCAGAGAAAGGGAAUAUUACUCUCGCGAGAAAGAGGUGUUUCGUACCUCAAAAAUGUGGUUUGGUGGAGUGGCACUCUGUCCAUGGUCGUAGGUCAAAUUGGGAAUUUCCUGGCCUACAACGCGGCCCCCGCUGUGAUGGUCACGCCACUGGGGGCCCUGGGGGUCCUGUUUGGGGCCGUGCUGUCGUCGUGGAUCCUGGGUGAGCGCAUGAACGCCCUGGGGAAGCUCGGCAGCGUGUUGUGUUGCGGCGGCUCCGUGGCGCUCGUCCUGCACGCGCCCGCCUCAGAGGGCGGCGUGACGUCACGACAGGAGCUGGAGGAGAGGCUGGCCGACCCAGUCUUGCUGACUUCCAUGCUGGCGGUGGUGCUGAUGCUGGCGGUGCUGAUGGGAUGGAUGGUUCCUCGGUACGGCCGCUCCAACAUGGCGGUCUACGUGUCCAUAUGCUCCCUGCUGGGCGUCUUCACCGUGCCCAGCAGCAAAGGACUCGGCCUGGCGGCACGCCACGUCUUUGGCGAGGAACCGCGUGACGGCCACGCCCUCGCCCUCUUCCUGGGGCUCCUGGUAACGCUGGGCGCCGGCGUCCUGCUCCAGUUCUUCUACAUCAACAAGGCGCUGGAGUCCUUCCGCUGCGACGCCUUCGAGGCCGUUUACUUCGCGGCCUUCACCUGCGCGGUCCCGCUGGCGUCGGCGCUGGUCUUCAGGGAGUGGGCGGCGCUGACGGCCGUCGACGGCCUCGCCGUACUUUGUGGCGUCACCACGGUGUGCGUCGGCGUCGCUCUGCUCAGAAUGUCUCAGGAGGACCCGAGGACUCGCCAGAAGACGGACUGAUUGUGGGUCUUACACCUUACACUGCUUUUUUCACGACUUUUAAGCAGAAUUAAAAAGUCACUUUGGUUCAACCCAGGGGUCUGAAACCCAAAAUGGUGAAAGAGCCAUAUUAUACAAAAAAGAGCAAAAAUACAAAAAAAAACAAAUCUGUCUGGAGCUGCAAAAAAUGUAAAUCCUUAUAAAAGUGUUAAAUGAAGACAACACAUGAUGUAAGUCCCUAUAUUAGCCUACUAUACAAAUGACUUUAAAAGUCUUAUAUAAGUGUUAUAAAAUAAUAUACAUUCUGAAAGAACUUGAGCUAAAACUAAAUAUUAUAUUUAAAAUACAACUUGAAAUAACUUAAGAUGAAACUAAAUGUUUUAAAUAAAAUACAUCCUGAAAUAACUUUCGAUAAAACAAAAUAUUAUAUUUAAAAUACAUCCUGAAAUAACUUUCGAUAAAACAAAAUAUAUUUAAAAUAGAUCUUGAAAUAACUUAAGAUGAAACUAAAUUUUUUAAAAUAAAAUACAUCCUGAAAUAACUUUAGUUAAAACUAAAUAUCUUAUUUUAAAAACCUCCUGAAAUAACUUUCGAUAAAACAAAAUAUUAU